AUGGCAUUUCUCAAGCUCUUUUCUAAACCAGUUGACUGCGGAAGUUCUGCAAUGAAGUUGGAAAAGGAACCAUUCAUUAGUAGUAUGACGGAAGAAAAUAUCGUCUGCAACGCCAUCGAUCCAAGGCUAAAGCGAUUUCUCCAUCUAUCUCUAGUUUUCAAUCUGAUAGCUGCCUGCGGAAUCUUUUGGUCAAGUACUGGAAAGCUAUCCAAGAAGCCUGUUUUCCCAGACGUGGUUUAUUCGCCUGUGUUGGAUGUUCUCCAAUAUGAAAACGUCGUCUUCACUACAGGGUUUGAUGGCGGCCGAACAGCAUACAUGGGACCUCCCACGCUGGAGCGAGAGGCACUCUGGAACGAUCUUUAUGGCUUUGGCACGAGUAUGAUCAACCGCGACCAAGCAGCACAGCUCGUCAACAAGACGGUGCCAGUGGCUGAUGAAACCGGAAACUACGAUGGAACAUACGUGGUUAUGCUGGGCGUCUUUCAUCAACUCCACUGUGUUAACUUGCUUCGAAAGAGCCUCUACAAGGACAAGCCAUGGUCUACGGAUCCAGACGACCCUAUGAGUCUUAUGCACCUUGAACAUUGCAUCGAUGCACUAAGACAAGCUGUUAUGUGCUCUGUGGAUAUUACUCCUCAUCCGUGGACUUGGAAAGACAGUGAGAAUAAAGAGGUGGCAGAUGUCAUGCAUACGUGUCGCAACUUUGAUGCCAUCAGAGAGUGGGCGCGUACUCGAAAUGUCUUCGAACGGGGCUGGAACCAGAGUAUGAGGGUACCUGAUCCCUUGCAGAGCUGAAAAUUGCUGUCAUUUGGGAACAACAUCACUGAGUCAGAGUUGACUCAUGCUGUUGGCAAGCUUUCAUCUUUCAGAUAGCACCGACUUUUGGAAGAGACAAGUUUUGCAUCGACAAGUAAAGUCACUACUUCAGACAGUCUACCAUCGCUGACGUGAAAACCUAUAUAGAUAGCCCUCUUCUAAUUAAAUCAAGAGGACCCAUUAAAAGAAUUUACCCUAAUAAGAGGUUAAUAAAUCCCUCUGUGCCUCUUUAGAGGUAGUGUUUAGGGUUUUCUUGAGCCUGACUCUUGUUUUGUAUCCCUUAACUCUCACGGCUUGCCAACCAACUGUGCAUGGUCUUUUCAGUCACUUCCACCUUUUUUGCGCUGCCUCCGCCUUCCUCUCAAUCUCCUUUAAGUGCGCAUCCUUGUCUGACCUUUUCCUCUCUAGAUCCUUCACGUAUUCUUCGACCGCCGCUGACGCCUUGUCGAGGGUCUCCUUCCUCUCCUGGAUUUCUUUCCUCUCCCUCUUGAGGUCCUUACUCUGCUCGAUCUGCUCCUUGUCGUACUUUGCCUCAAAAUCAACCAGGUUUUGAGCUGCAUCCUUCUGCGCCUGGGCAAGAUCUCUCUGCAGAUUCUAUUGUUGCUUCUCUGCGCCAGAGCUGAUGAGGGAUUGGAAAGCGAUUUGCUCGCGCCAGAGCGCAGGGGGUCCGUCUGGCGACUGGAAGUAGCCGGUGACAUGGACUGCGUGAAAGUCGCGGACCAGAGCGAUGAUCUCGCUCAUGCCCCUUGUGCCGAGACCGAUGUCGUUAGCUAAGCCUUGGGCCACGUCGUCCUCGACUUUGUUGAUCACCGUGUGGAGUCUUUCCUCGACCAUGGCCUGUAGGCCCACGGCACUGCGGACCGCUAACUCGACGGCCUUGUGGUUUGCUUGCUGCUCGCUGGGAAGCCGGUCGAUGACUUCCUUGACCGCGCGCUUGUACUCGGCCUCGGUAGCGAUCCACCACUCUGAUGUCAGGUGAAUUGCCAUCUAGGCAUCGGUAUGUCUGGUCAGCGACUCGCGCCAAUUAAAGUCCAGGUCCGAGAGCAUAGGCUCCGCGCCGCGCCGCUCGACGUUCGGGCCGCCGACGACGUUGACCACGCCCAGCUUUAGUUCUUGGUCGUUGGUGGCGAGUCCGAUGCCGCCACCCUGCCACGGCGACCCCUUGUCGACGGCUCUGUCACUGUCGGGAUUAAACAUGACGUACACCUCGGCGAGUUGAAGCGGGCGGUCGCCCGUGAUCUGCUCGGCGAGCUUCCUGGCGAUCUCGACCUCGGAGAUCUCUCGGAUGACAGUGGGCGGGGCUUUGGCCGGGUUCCGCGCCUUGACGCGGACCACUUUAACCCUGCGUCGGGUUUCUCGCGACUUCGCCGCGCAGCUGCAGGUAGGCCAGCAGGGCGUGGUUGAACUUGCCCGCUUUCUGUCCGAGGCAGUGCAGCACGUCGUACGCGAACAGCAUCUUCUCAAGCCUCUCGGGACCAAGCUUUUCGAUAAACUUGUCGACGCUCU